UGGGACGUAAUCUGAGGUUGGGAAAGUACUGAUUGGAAAUGUAUGUGCGUGAUUUGAAGGAACUUAAAUGUUAUUAUAUUAUUAUAUAUAUUAUAUUGCCAACCUAGUACCGGUGUCCAACCAAAAUAGGCCUAACUGUAAUUUGUUCUACCUUAAUAUUCAAGGUUUGGAACACAAAAUUGAAGACCUAGAAAUUUUACUAAGCAAUUAUCAAUUUGACGUGUUGUGUCUAAGUGAACAUUGGUUAAGGCAUCAUGAAGUAAAGUUUUAUAUACCUGAAGACUUCACUCUGGGUAAUUGUUUUUGUCGAGAGAAUCGGAUUAGAGGUGGUGUCAUGAUCAUGCUGCACAAUAAGAUUGACUAUGAACCUAUCGAUCUACACCAAUUUUGUAUUGAACUAAGUUUUGAAGCAACUGGUAUCAAGUUAUUAGGCUCAAGCACAAUUAUUGUGUCUCUUUAUAGAUCACCGUACGGAAAUACAGACUUGUUUCUACAGAGUAGCUUUUAUUGAUGCUCACAUACCUGGUACGGCUUAAAUGCAAACUAAUUCUAUGUGGUGACUUCAACUCUGAGUUUGAUAUUUUAACAAAGAAAGUAUCAGUUACUAGCUUUUUAAACCUGUUAAGACGGUUUAAUCUUUACUGCAUUAAUAAUAAGCCUACAAGAGGAAAGGCCUGCCUUGACAACAUUACAACUAACUACCUACCUCAUGAGUACAACAUAAAUGUUUUCAAGCCAGAAGUUUCUGACCAUGAUGCUCUGCACCUUUGCAUUUUUUCUUUUUGGCACAGCAAAGGUAAUUCUGCUCGUAAAGCUGUUGAACUGUCUCCCUGUGUCUUUCAGGGCAAUCACUCCUCUGAAAAUUCUUAACUUUAAAACCUUAAUCUCUUCUGUGAAUUGGGACUUUCUUUAUUCCUAUGUAUCUGCUGAAGACUUAAUUGAAAUGUUUUUGUCACAUAUUUUAAAUAUAUUUGAAACUUGUUUUCCACUCAUACAAGGCAGUAAAAAUAGUAGAGUUCAAUCAAGUAAAGAUAAGUCAUGGUAUACACCUCAGUUAGAAGUUAUGAAGAACCGCAUACUUGCUUACAGAAAUAUAUCUGACCUAACUGGAAAUAAUGCCAUUUUCAAUCAGCUGCAAUUAAUGAAGAAACAAUACAGAUGUGCUUUAAGGGAAGCAAAGAAACAUAGUAAUGAGAACUUUAUUGAAGGGUCAACGAAUAAGUGCAAGGCUGCGUGGACUGUUAUUAAUAAAGCCCAGAAGAGGACUACUAGCUGUGGUAAAGCUCCUGACAUCUCCCCUGAUGACUUCAACAGCUUCUUCAUCUCUUCGGUCGAAGAAAUAAGUGCCAAAAUAACUACAUGAAACUAUGUCCAAUUGGAGCGGUUUCUCACAUCAAAACUACCUGGGAGUUUACCGACAAUCAUUAUCUAAUCUGUUUGACUUUGAACAUAAUGAUAAAAGACAAGGUUUCCCUAAUGAGAGCCUUAGAGAAACUCAGAAGCGUUAUGGAGAAAGCACACUUGUAGAACCUUCAAAGCAUUAUGGAGAGAGCAUACUUGGAGAGCCUCCAAACCGUUAUGGAGAGAGCACACAUGGAGAGCCUCCAAAGCGUUAUGGAGAGAGCAUACUUGGAGAACCUCCAAAGCGUUAUGGAGAGAGAAUACUUGGCGAGCCUUCAAAGCAUUAUAGAGAGAGCAUACUUGGAGAGCCUCCAAAGCGUUAUAGAGAAAGCAUUCUUGGAGAGCCUCCAAAGCGUUAUGGAGAGAGCAUACUUGGAGAGCCUCCAAAGCGUUAUAAAGAGAGCUUACUUGAGGAGCCUCCAAUGCUUUAUAGAGGGAGUGGACUUAGGGACUCUCAAAAGCUUUUUGAUAGAAGACCAAAUCAACAAAGAAUAAGACCUAAUCAAGGUAGAUUUGAUUCAGAACCUCAUAGAAAUGAAAGAUAUUCAUCUCAAGAAUCUCAAAGACAUGUUCAGGGAUCUCUCACAAAGUUGUUUGAUAUUCCAUCUGAUAAUUGUCAACAAAAAAAUCCUGUGAAUAUUUUCGAUCAAGAAAGUUCAAGUGUUUCGCAAAGAUCAGACUUUAGAAACGAAAAGCCAAGAGAGUAUAGCAAGCCACAAUAUGAUGAUAUAACUAAUUAUCAAGAAUCUCAUACAUCACGUGAUACUGAAUUUCUUCCAAACAGAUUUGAGCCAUUACAGAGGCGAUCUUUUGGUAGUAGUUGUAUUAUGCAAUAUAGAGGAAUGGAAAGUUCAAACCAAACUAGAGGUCAGUCAACAUAUCAUAAUUGGAGGAACCAAGGUCUUAUUCAAAGUAGAAAUAGUUCACAACCAAGAAGUAACUUCAUACAGUCUAAAAAGAGUAAUACAAUGAACUCAUUUUAUGGAUCACAACCAAAUACUAUAAGGGAAUUUAAUUUCAAUGAUAAAUAUCAGCAAGGAAAACAAACUUUUAAAGUGGAAAAUUUAAACAAGAAACCACAUGAAUUAAGUGUUCAAAUUAAAGAUAAUCAACUGGAGGAGCAAAAUGUUAAAAUAGAAGAUUCUCUUAUAGAACAUAAUGGUGUGGAAGACGAAGUGGAAUGGGAAGAAGAAGCAGGAGACAGUGAUGAAGAAUAUGAAAUGGAUGCUUGUGAGACAAGUAUUCCCUUUACACUAGACUCGGCUUUGAUAAAAAAAUACACAGAAUAUCCUCCAGAACCUGAAGAGUUGGGAAAAAUAUUUGAAGGGCUGGUUAUUUACUUCUUUUAUAAAAAGAAAGGCGUCAAAGAGAAAAAUCCAUUUGUUAUAAUUUGUGAGUCCUUUAGAAGAUCAAAUAAAUUUGGUAGUGUGCGAGUUGAGGAUGGAUACCAAAAGGAAGAUAAAACUGUGAAGUUUUGCACGAUACGAUUGAAUGGGAUGAUGUUAGUCCGAGCGGCAGGACUGUCUGGCAACUUAAAGGAGCCAAGGGUACGAGCUGGUGUAGACUUGAUCAACAGGCUUGCCAUGACGUGCUACACGCUUAAGAUGAAGGAUGAUUAUUAUUCCAUCGAGGCCAUGAGACGUCAUUUAAAAAUGAAAGAAUCUCCUGGGCUUUUCAAGGUAGUGCCUAAGGGAGAAGUUGGAACUUUAGAUAAAGCUGUUGAGUACAUGAGGACAUUUUUCAGUGAGGACACUGAUUGUGAACUUAUAUUCACUAAUCAUGCGUAUGGUGUGCUCAGUUAUGCCAAGAAAAAUGGACUGGAUGUUAGAAAAUCAAACAAAUGUAUUGCUGUGUUCAAGAAGCGUACACCAAGCUACUGGAGAGACAAGAUAUUGGCAAGUGGAAAAAUGGAGAAUGAAAAGUUUCUUCUGGUUGAACCUCAAGGCAUUGGGAGAAAAUUAUUCCCGACCUAUAAUUACGCAAGUGUGAUUCCAAAACUGAAAAACUACCUACAGAGUGAUCCUUCUGAACCAACAUUCAACCUGUACGGGCCCAAAGGAACCAUACCAACAAUAGUCAAAAUAACAGUUCCCUGGGAGAAGAAGAAUGUUCUUGAGAAAAAUAGAAGGAGGAAGAAAAAAAGGCAAAUUCAUGGAGCGUUGCGACAGGCUAUGCAACUCAAUCAGAUAGCACCAUUUCGGCAUAUGAAUCGCAAAGUUAAAAAAAGGGGAAAGAAAAAGUAUUGGCCAUAGUAAGUUUAGAUCAUAGUGGUCAUGAGUCACUUGGAUCCUAAUCGAAAAAACUCAAAAGUGGAAUUGUACAAACUAAGAACAUGAAAUAAUUUUGAUGAUAGAGUUAUUUUGUUUGUUGACUAAAAGGCAAUUAAAAGUGUCAAGAUCAGAUGAAACUGAUUGUGACAUUACCAUUGUCAAAGACAAUAGAUCAAGUUGUUUUAUGGUUUGACUAUUAACAGUUAUACAGUGUUGUAUUCUGUUAGUGACAGUUUUCAGUUUAGCACUAGUUUGUAACUUAAAACUGUUGUAAGACAUUUUUUUUAAGUACAUUAUGGAAUAGUUUUCUAAGAUGUAUAAAUGUUAGAGAAUUCGUCUUUAACCCUUUGAAUGCAAUAAAGCCAGUUAACUCAUAAGUACAAAAUUCUCUUAAGUUCUAAAAUUUAGAUGUGAAACAAUCUAUGUUUUAAAAUAUUAUUUGUGUGCUUUAUACUCUAAAAUUGCUAUUCCUGUUUACUUAGUUUUUGUACAGUUUCAUUAUUUUGUGAGGCAGUUUUAUUAGUUUAUAAUGCAUUCAGCCAUUAUUGAAGCCUUUGUGGAUAAAUUUGAAUAAAUAAUUAUCAUUGCUAAUCCAGUCUUUGACAAUUUCGUUCAUGGUGUACAAAGAACAGUUGUAAAAUAGUUCAUCUUUCUAGUUUAUUUCAUUACAAUUGUUUUUUUUUUUUUUUUUUUUUUUUAGUUUCUUGUAACAGAACAAAAUAAAACAAAUUUUUUGCUCACUAGACUUAUUCAAUAAUUGCACUGUUCUAUAAAAAUAACAUUCUUAAUGUUUUCAUAGGUACCUGUAUUUUUAUUAACUAUAAUAUAAACUUUUUUAAUUUUAUACAAACCAGUCAUAAAAAUAAAAAUAUAGUUUUGUUUCACACAAAUAAACAAAUUUAAAUACUGUCAUUUGGUGUUAGAGAACUACCUACUAUUACAGCAUUCAGAGGGUUAAAUUGUUUUCCUACUUUUUCAUUGCUCUAUUUUUUGUUAAUAUUUAUAUUAAUUUUUCCAUUUUUAAUAGUUGCAUAAUCAGAAUGUAAUAAUGAAAUGGUUUUUUUGUUUUGCUGUUCAUUAAUUACUUUUUGAGAACUAAUUGAUGAAAUAAAAACUGGAACCAUCCU